AUGAAUAUGAUUGGUAAAACUGUUCUGUUAUUUUCUUUUGUGUUUCUAGUGAAAAGUGAUAAAAAUAGUAGUGUCAGAAAACCUAGAUUUUUAACUUUUAACACGCUGGAUAAUGAUAUUGGGAUAAAUCUUGAAUUCUCAAUACCCUUCAUCUCCAUUCCAAUAAAGAAAGGCAUGGACGCAGAUUUCGGUUUCUCAUCGUCACUGGGCUUACCGGCAGUAAAUGUGAACCCAACAUCCCUGGCGAUAGGUGGCGCUAUGGUGAUCGGGGCUAGUGUUCUUGUACCUCUACUUCUAAGAACUUACGCUGCGUCGUACCCACAUAAUAGGUAUUCCAAGUUACUAAACAAUGCAGAAUUCGAGGCUGAUACUAUGUUGAACUUCGCCAAUCAGAUGUUGGAGAACCCCAAUUUUCGCAGCUGCACUUUGAGAGUAGCCUGCUGGACUGGACAAAGGGCCAUACACAGCAACUUUAUGAAUGUCUGGAACUAUGCUAGAAGUAACAAGAUAUUGUCCAGCAUGAUAAAUUCAACAGCAGUGGAUGAAGCGAUCUUAUCUGGACGUAAAGGUGAAGACUGUAUGACGUACGCUCCGUGCCCGCUGCGUCGCCAUCACAUAUUAAUGUUAAUGAAUAGUUUGCCUGCUAACACCUUUUCCUAAUAACAGGAAUAAGCUUUG